AAACCCAACGUAGACUCGGUGUCUGCUCGCCGCGGUAAACUCAAAUGGUGCGGCGUCAACGUGAAACUAGAAUAAAAUUAUUGAAACCACUAUGUUGAUCUUGUUUCUUUGGACCACAUUUCUGUUGGCUGUCUGAAUACUAGUGAUGCCUAGUAAAACCAUUGUGCGCGAGGAACGCCCUUAUGUUAUGCCCACUGGAAAACCCAUUUCAAAGAUGACACCUUUCUCAAUAAUCUCGUUUCCAUUUUUCCCUGGUGAAUAUAAGCAAAUGUUUGGGCUACUUGCUCGGACCCAUCCUCAAUCCACUGCAACUUCUUCAUCAAAAUGUGGAGACACCAGUUGACGACAACAUCAAGAUGCUUCUCAACCUCGAUCAGAGCCCUUCGUUGGUGGGAUCACGUCCGUCCUGCUCCUAAGGACCCCAUCACUAGCGUCACGGAGGCUUUUCUUGCCGACAGUAGCCCCAUCAAGAUCAAUCUUGGAGUGGGAGCUUAUAGGGAUGAUGAAGGUAAGCCUGUUAUCCUUCAGUGCCUUCGAGAUGCUGAAGCAAAGAUUGCGGGUUGUGACUUCUUGGGCAUUGGCAGGGAGUCUAAUUCAUCAGCAGCGAGUUCAAAAUUGGUCGAGGAGAGUGUCAAAUUGGUUUACGGUAAGGAUUCAAAUAUUAUAAAAGAAGGGAGGUAUGCUGGUGUUCAAACACUCUCAGGAACUGGUGCAUGUCGCCUCUUUGCUGAGUUCCAGAAGCGUUUCCAUCCUGAAUCUCCUAUAUAUUUGCCCAAUCCUACUUGGUCCAACCACCAUAACAUAUGGAGAGAUGCCCAAGUUCCACAGAAUACCUUUGGCUACUACCAUCCUGAUUCGAAGUCUUUAGAUUUUACCGCACUUAUGAAUGAUGUAAAGAAUGCUCCAGAUGGUUCCUUUUUCUUGCUCCACCCAUGUGCUCACAACCCUACUGGAGUUGAUCCUACAGAGGAACAAUGGAGAGAAAUCUCAUAUCAAUUUAAGGUAAAAAAUCAUUUUCCCUUCUUUGACAUGGCUUACCAAGGAUUUGCAAGUGGAGACCUUGACAGGGAUGCUCUUUCCAUCCGUAUUUUUCUUGAAGAUGGGCAUUUGUUAGGCUGUGCCCAGUCCUUUGCAAAGAACAUGGGAUUAUAUGGACACCGAGUUGGUUGUCUCAGUGUUCUUUGCAAUGAUAUGAAGCAAGCUGUUGCAAUCAAAAGCCAAUUGCAUAAGAUUGCCAGAGCAAUGUAUAGUAGCCCUCCUGCUCAUGGUAUAUCGCUAGUUUCUACUGUCCUGAGUGAUCCAGAUAUAAAGCCACUUUGGGCCAAAGAGGUUAAGGGCAUGGUCAGUCGCAUUCAAACAGUGCGUGCUAGUCUGCACGAAAGCCUUAGGAAAUUGGGUUCUACUGUCAAUUGGGAACAUAUAACAAACCAGGUUGGGAUGUUUUGCUUCUCUGGAUUAACCCCCAAACAGGUUGAUCGGCUAGUAAAGGAAUUCCACAUUUACAUGACUCUUGAUGGACGCAUGAGGUAAAGUUAAUAUGGAAACACGGCCAAAUAUGUAUGGCCGGUGUCACUACAGGCAAUGUAAAUUACUUAGCAAAUGCAGUACAUGAAGUCACCAAAGAUUGUGAGAAUGCAUAGAUUUUCUCUAUCAGUCGUCAUCAGCUUAUUUGUGACUGAUGCUUCUUGGUUGACUUCAAGAUUUUGAGCCAAAAUUUUAUGUAAUUUUAUCUCUACAGACAGUGAAAGGUGGGAAAGAGGGAUUACAUAUACAUAUACAUAUACAUACAGGGAGAUUAAUUGAGAAUAAUUGUUGGUUUGGUGUA